AUGUCACAAAUCCUUUACCUAGACUCAACUUCUAGUCAAAAAGUUGUUGAUGAAAACAUCAAGUUAUUUGACAUCUCUCUAAGGAAAUCUCUGGUGAGACAUUUUAGAAAAUUGGUGGAUCUAUUGAUCUAUGUUAGUGUUGUUGGUGCUUCUGAAUUAGAUUUAGAUUAUCCAACUGUUGUGAUAAUCAAUGAAAUUGUUUAUACUCCAAAUGAUCCUCUAAUAGAAGGAGCCUCAAACUCUCCACUAAACACUUUAACUUAUGACCAAAUGCAUCUUUUAUUAUCAAAUCAUUAUAAACAUUUAAACAUAUUACCAUAUAAAUUAUCAACUUUUAGCAUAUCAUUAAUUAAUCAAGAUAUUGAAAAUUAUAACAUUACACUGAAGAAUAGAAUCCUUAGAAUGAAAUCAUGGGUCGGUUUAAACAAUCACAAUACCCAGAACUGUCCUUGUCUACAUAGUAUGACAAAUUGUUUAAACAUCAUUUUACAAAAAGAUUAUCAAAAAUCUCAUAAAUUAAGACAUUUUGUUCAAUUAAUCAAUUCAGAAAUUGAUUUCAUUAGAUUAUUAACUUUGCCAAAACAAGCAAACUACUACAUGUAUUGUAUUGGUAAUUGGGGGUUUAUUGCUCAUGAAUUAACUUGUGAUGAAUUAACUUUUUGUGCUUUUAAAAUUUUUAAAAUUGCCUUUAGUAUAUUGGAACCAAAUGAUCCUUUAAUCAUUGAUGAUAACUCCAUCUUGAGUUUCCUUUUCAGUUUAAGAGAUUCCUACAGAGGUGGUAAUUCGUUCCAUAAUUUUAGACAUGCUGUUGAUGUUUUACAAGCAACUUUUUAUUUCUUAUUAAGAAUUAAUGCUUUACCAAAAUUCCCAUUUUAUACUGAAGAUUUAUCAAGUCAUCCAAAUGAUCAUUUUACCAACAAGAUAUUGUUCAAUAAUGGCUCCCAAUUUGAUAAAGAAACUUCUAUUUUGAAUCCAAUUCAAACUUUAGCACUAUUAGUUUCAAGUGUUGGUCAUGAUGUUGGUCAUCCAGGUUUAACAAACCCUUUCUUAAUUAAUAAUGAAUCACCAAUUGCUAAAAUUUAUUCAAAUCAAUCUGUUCUAGAAAAUUAUCAUUCAACUAUUUUCCAAGAUAUUUUAUCUUAUCAUUGGCCAGUUUUCUUGGAUAAUUCAAAUACCAAAAAUCCUCAAUCUCCAUUGAAUACUAAAGUUAUGCAAGUCCAAAGUAUAUUAGCAACUGAUAUGGCUAAUCAUUUUGAAUAUUUAUCUAAAAUUGAUGAAAUCUCAAUCUUGUUAAACAAUCCUGAAACAAGAUCAAAGAUUAAAGAUUCUUUAAAACAAACAAAUGUUAUAUUAUCAAUGAUUAUCAAAUGUGCAGACAUUUCCAAUGUGGCAAGACCUCUAUUAAUCUCAACAAAAUGGGGGUUUGUAUUGGCUCGUGAGUUUAAUGAAAUUAAUCAAUUGGAUGAAAAUUUGAAUAAAGGCGUUGAUGUUGAUGAAUUAAAUGACCCAAGAUUAGGUCCUUAUUUCCCACCAAGUAUUGAAGAAGCUUUAACCAAGAAUCCAAGUUUACCAAAAGGUCAAUUAUUUUUCAUAAAGACAUUUGCUGAAGCUUUAUUUAAAGAAGUUGCUAUAGUGUUCCCAGAAUUAGCAUUUGGUGCUCAGAUUGUUAAUGAAAAUAAAUUGUAUUGGGAAGAUUUUGAAGCAAGAACAAGUGGUGGUUCAUCAUAG